ACCAUGGCAAGUAAUCUUAGAUUCACCACAUUCAUUGGCAUCCUUCUCGCCAUCCUCUUAGUCGGAAAAUCCCAACCUUUCUCAACUAGCUUGCCGCCCUCAACAUUCCGACUUGGGAGGCAGAACCUAACACGCCUUCACUUCUUCUUCCAUGAUGUCGUGGGAGGCCCAAAUGCAACCGCUAUUCGGGUAGCUGAAGCCCCGGUCACGAACACUUCCCCCACAGCGUUCGGGUUUGUGGCCAUAAAUGACAACCUUUUGACUGUUGGGCCCGACCCAAACUCUACCCGUGUAGGAAGAUCACAAGGAAUGUAUGCGUCUGCGGACUUUGAUGAAAUGAGCUUCAUGUUGGUCCAAAAUUAUGUGUUUGAAGACGAAAGGUUUAAUGGAAGUACUUUGAGUAUAUUGGGUCGAAAUCCUAUCUUGUCGUCGGUGAGAGAGUUUCCAGUGGUAGGAGGAACUGGUGUUUUUCGAUUCGCUAGUGGGUAUGCAGAAGCCCGAACGUAUUUCUUCAAUGCUACCAAUGGAGAUGCCAUUGUCGAGUAUAAUGUUUAUGUUCUUCAUUAUUAAUUUCU